AUGAUUGGAGCUAUAUUAAUUUUUUCUAAUAGGGGAGAGCUCAUUGUCUCAAAAUUAUAUAAGGCAACACUGAAAAGAUCUGUGGCAGAUGUCUUUAGAGUACAAGUCAUCAACAAUCAAGACGUUAGAUCUCCAAUUUUAACAUUAGGAUCGACAACAUUCCAUUCUAUUCGAUCCACAUCAAAAGAUCGUCUUUGGUUAGUAACUGUAAGUAGAAACAAUUGUAAUAGUGCUGCCAUCUGGGAAUUUUUAUAUAAAUUAAAUGAUGCUAUGACUAUCUAUGGAAUUAAUUCAGAAUCAACUUUAAUGGAAGAUUUUAUGAUAUGUUAUGAAUUGUUAAGUGUUAUGCUUAUGCCAGGUGGAAUUCCAAUGGAGACAGAUUUAACUGCAAUUGUCAGUAUGAUGUCUAGUAAACCUAAAAAAUCGUUACAAUCCAUCAACCUAUAUUCUAAUAAUAAUAAUAAUAAUCAAUAUCAUGAAAACAAUAAACUCAAAAAUAUAAAUAACAUAUUGACAUCAAAUGGUAGUGACACCAUCUUAAAAGCCAAUCUCCCUAGUCCAACUACUGCAAUUCCAAACUUAUUGAGGCGUGCAAGUUCCAUUAGUCCAAUAUCCACAAACAAAGAUUUUUUAACCAAGAAAAAUGAAAUAAUAUUAAGUGUAAUUGAAAAGAUAAAUAUCUUAGUCUCCAAGGAUGGAUUUAUCUUAAAAUCUUAUGUUGAUGGUAUUAUUGAAUCUGAUAACAAGAUACAUGAUCACCCUAUCUGUGAGAUAGUAUUGAAUGACAUAGAGAGUAUACGUCGUUAUAAUAAAUAUUAUAAGACAAAAGACAAGACAUUUGAAAUGGAUAAUACCAUGGAAUCAAAUAAAGAAAUCGUUCUACAAGAUUACAAGUUCCAUCAAUGUGUAUCCUUUGAAAAAUUCGAUGAACAGAGAAUUAUCCAAUUUGUUACACCUCAAGGUCAAACAGAAUUAAUGAAAUAUCAUAUUAACAAUAAUUUACAAAUACCAUUUAAGGUUACCCCUGUGGUGUCACAAACAUUUACAGGCAGUAUGGAUUACCACAUUACUCUGAAAUCCUUAUUUCCUCCUAAAUUAUCUGCCAAAAAUCUUCUUCUCAGGAUACCUGUCCCACCUGGAACUAUAGAUUGUAAAAUUAGUGUGUCUAAUGGUAAUUGUAAUUUUGUACCUGAAGAAAAUGCCAUAAUAUGGAAAUUUAAUAAAUAUAAUGGACUAAUAGAAGACAAAUUAAGUGCUCUUACAGUUUGUAGUAACGACACUACAGAACUAAGCUCACAGCAAUGGCAACGACCACCAAUUGCAUUGCAAUUCAACAUUUUAAUGUUUAGUAAUUCUGGUCUCAAGAUCCGUCAAUUUAAUAUCGUUGAAAAAAAUAAAAACCAUCGCAUAACAAAAUGGAUCAAAUAUAUCUCACAAUCAGGAUCAUAUGAGAUUAGAUAUUGA